AUGAUGAGCAAACAACUCCACUUCGAGGUUUUGGAACAACACGAGGCUCCCCUCUCACCUCAGACUUUUGUCCACCAGGGACAGACGGGAAUUCAAAUCAGGAUUGCCCAGCCGGGCAAUCUCUUUAGGGUUCUCUUGAUUGAUUGGAGAAACCUCGCCAUUGGUCGGCCUUCCAUCACUCCAAGGUUGGAUGGCUUGAGAGCCAAGCCCAUCCCAACUUUUGUCGAAGCAGGCAUGACAUUUGAAUUUGAAUUCGGGGGCGACGUGGCCAAUCCGUCUGAUUCGAGACGGUCUGAAUCCAACAGGCUAAGGCCGGUGGCUGAAAACGCUAAAUCUAUGCUUAAAAUGAUCCCUAGAUCAGGAAUGGAGCGAGAACCUCGUGGCGCCAAGACGCCAACCCUCGCCAAUGGUCGCACGCCCAAUCUACGUACCUCAAAUUUGCCAAGGUAA